AUGGACCGAGCAGUCAUGCUGCUGUGCUGUGUGUCUAAAGCUCUGGAGUUGGCAUUCAGUACAGAGCAGUUUGGUGCGCUGCAGCUGAUUGCAGAGGAACUGAAUGAGAACAGUGACCCAGCUGUGCUGACUCGCUGCUCCGACUUCUUCAUCAAACACACACACUACCACAAGGCUGUGCAGCUGCUAGUGGCUGCCAAGAAGUAUCAUGAGGCACUUCAGUUGUGUUUGGACCAGAACCUGACCAUCACAGAGGAUCUGGCUGAGAGCAUGACCGUGUCACAAAGCUCCGCCCACCUCUCAGAGGAGGAGCGUAAGGAGCUGUUGGAGCAAAUCGCAGACUGCUGCAUGCGCCAGGGCAACUAUCACCUAGCAACCAAGAAAUACACACAAGCUGGGAAAAAGAUCAAGGCGAUGCGAGCGUUGCUGAAGUCAGGUGACACAGAGAAGAUUGUGUUCUUUGCUGGUGUGUCUCGUCAGAAAGAGAUCUACGUGAUGGCGGGGAAUUACCUUCAGUCUCUGGACUGGAGGAAAGAUCCAGAAAUCAUGAAGAACAUCAUCAGCUUCUAUACAAAAGGACGUGCACUGGAGCUGCUGGCCGGCUUCUACCAGGCCUGUGCACAGGUAGAGAUUGAUGAUUAUCAGGACUAUGAGAAGGCUUAUGGUGCUCUCAAUGAAGCCUAUAAGUGUCUGUCCAAAGCAAAGAGUCGCCAUGGAGAUGAGACCGACGAGCAACUCACACAACUCACACACCAUCUCACACUCAUCAAGAGAUUCAUACAGGCGCGCAGGCUGUAUGAACAGGACCCUGCAGCAGCUCUCUCAGCGUGUGAGUGUUUGUUAGAGGAGUGUGAUCUGGACCCUGCAGUGAGGGUAGGAGACGUCUUCGGCUUCAUCAUCGAGCAUCACUGUCAACACGGCAGCUACCAGAAGGCAUGGAUGAAGCUGGAGGAGCUGAGACGUUUACAUCCCUCAGUGAACGUGAGUGUAUACGUGAGCGCUCGCAGUCUGGACGCUCUGCAGGACGCCGUCGGAGUAAGAAUCAACCAUGGAGACACUACACACACUAACGCACUCGGCCGAGACGCAGACAACACACACGCACACACACAGAGUGACGGAGAGGACGAGGACGAAGUGGAGGAAGACGAGAACCUCAAUGACUGAGGGGUGUUUAAUACAGAACACACACACACAUGUGGGAUCAGUCCUGAGCUUUAAACACAAUGGUUAGUGUGUUGCCUUCAGGAACGGACAUCCCGCACACACACACACACACACACACACACACACACACACACACACACACCAUAAUUGUCAUUAUUAUUUUUUUCUUAUUAAUUCACUACACAUUUUGUACCUUUUACACACAGUUUGUAAGCCCCACACACCCUGGAAUGUUUUGUAUUAUUCCUUGUACAGAAUGUAUUUCUAUUUUAAUAAAAGCUUUGAACUCCUACAACAAGA